AUGGGCAGCCCCGGCCUGUGGGCCGGCAGGGCCUGUGGAGCCCGUGCUGGAGGCCUUUGUCCAGAGUGUGGGUCAGAUCCACCGCGGGCCUGCGGAGAACCACCUCUAAACUACCGCCUGGAGGUGGACGAUGACCUGGUGGUGCACAUCUGCCUGCAGCCCCUGGUCCAAGCCCCUGGACACACCCUGCGGACACACCCUUCUCUGUGCCGCGGUGCCUCCGCAGCUUCCUCCAGGAGCGGACUUCUGCCCGCUGGACGAAGGAGCGCCUCCAUCUGCAGGUGUCCGGGGACGCAGUGUCAGCAGACCAGUUUAGAGGGACCACCAUGUGAUCCCGGGGAGGAGGGAGCCAUGGUGACCAGCCCCUCCAGGUCCCCACGCUUCCUCCAGACGGAGACAGACCUGCAGGAGGAGAGCUCCUCCUCGCCCCCUGGUGUCACCUCCACCGCCGGAAGCAGCGUCCCCAUGUGGACCGACGAGCCUGGAUUGGACAACCCUGCCUUCGAGGAGAGCAAUGAGGAGGACAUGUUGGAGUGUGUGGUGCCCAGGGUAAAGCGACCCCUCAGUAACGUGCAUCCACCUCCUCCGCACGCCACUCUGCCUCCUCUGAGUGGGACUGCCAGAGUCACGCCCCUCUCUGCAGAGAGGUGUGAAGCUGCCGUCCUUCAGAGGGUGAGAUCACCACCAUCGAGGUCACCGUCCAACCCCUAUGUAGAACUGGGCAUCCAGCAUCGUCGGGGCAACGAGACGCCUCUCAUAAACGUGGUGAUCCAGGAAGUGUACCGUGACGGGGUCAUUGCUCGAGAUGGCAGGCUUCUGGCCGGGGACAGAGAUACUACAGGGAGCGCCGCUGUGUCUCUCGCCCACCCCCUCCACCACCCUCGGUGCCCCACGCCCUGUUCCACCCCAGAGGGUACUCCGCUCCAGCCCUGCCAGCUGAGGAUCACCCUGCAGAAGCGGGACUCGUCGGAGCAGCUGGGCAUCAAGCUGGUCCGGAGGACUGAUGAGGUGGGGGUGUUUGUGUUAGACCUGCUGGACGGCCAGCGGCGAAAGAGUCUAUCUUCUGCUGAUUGGCCGUCCCAGCAAGCCUACCCUUCCCCUCCAUCAAGUUCCGCCGCCAACAGAGAUCUGUACUGCCAUGACCACUUCCUCCCAACACUACCACCAUCACCACAGCUUCUCCCAACCCCAGCACCGUGCCACCUGCGCCCACCUGACCGCUCCAGCACCCACAAAGAAAAACACAUCACUGUGAAGAAGGAGCCUCAUGAGUCUCUGGGUAUGACCGUGGCCGGGGGGCGGGGCAGCAAGAGCGGCGAGCUGCCCAUCUUUGUGACCAGCGUCCAACCACAUGGCUGCCUGUCACGGGUUGGACGAAUCAAACAAGGUGACAUCCUCCUCAGUAUCAACGACCAGGACCUGACCUACCUGAGCCACAGCGAGGCGGUGGGCACCCUGAAGGCCAGUGCGGCGUCACCCUCCGUCCAGCUGAGGGCGCUGGAGGUCAGCAUGGUGGAGGAGCCGGACCAGGACCAGAGCCCCGAGAACCAGCUGCUGCCCACACACCACCACACACACGACUCGGACUACGACUCCUCCUGGUCCCCCUCCUGGGUCCUGUGGCUCGGCCUGCCCAGGUAA